AUACUUGGACUAAAUAUUAACUGCACUAUUCAAAUAACGCGUUUGGGACAGGCCGUAUAAAAGGGCUCCCAAACGCCGAAAUCAUCAUGUCGAGCACAGAUCCUUUACGUGAGAUGCCGAAUGCAGGUAAAUCGAUUACUAAAUUGCUGUGUCUUGAAACAGCAGCUAUUGUGGUUGGAUCAAGCUUUCAAUUCGGCUACAACACUGGUGUUAUCAAUGCUCCACAGGCUUACAUAAAGGAGUUUCUUAAUGAAACAUAUUAUCAGAGGUAUCAGACACAGAUCACGAGCAGCACUUUGACAUUGUUAUGGAGUUUUGCUGUGGCAAUUAUCGCGAUUGGGGGGAUGCUGGGGUCGCUAAUCGCGGCACCGAUGUCUCAGAAGUUCGGUCGUAAGAAAUCUCUGUUGCUGAACAACAUACUUGCCUUCAUAGGAGCUGGUCUGAUGGGAUUUUCCAAACUUGCUUCGUCAUACGGCAUGCUCAUUGCUGGUCGUUUCGUCAUUGGACUGAAUAAUGGCAUCAACAUGGGUAUAGCACCCAUGUACUUGACCGAAAUAUCCCCUGUGAAAUAUCGAGGAAUACUUGGGACUCUUAAUCAGCUGGGAGUUGUUUCUGCCAUUUUGCUUUCGCAGGUUCUUGGUUUGAAUUGGGUUUUGGGAACCGAUGAGCUUUGGCCACUUCUUCUCGGUCUCACUGCCGUCUUUGCAGUUUUUCAAACCUGCACUCUCCCGUUCUGUCCAGAAAGUCCGAGAUACCUUCUGGUGUACAAAGACGACGAAGAAGAGUCUCGCAAAGCUUUGGUUAAGUUGAGAGGAAAGGAUUACGAUAUCACGGAGGAGAUCGACAGCAUGAAAGAAGAGUACGAAGAAGAGCAGAAAGAAAGAUCUGUCGGAAUCAUCGAAAUAUUCACAACCUCCUACCUACGUAAACCAAUGAUAAUAGCGAUUGUAAUGCAACUUUCUCAACAAUUGUCUGGAAUCAAUGCAGUAUUCUAUUAUUCCACUCCAUUGUUCAUAGCAGCUGGAAUUCCCGAAGAGUACAGUGCUUUGCCAACGGUUGGAGUUGGUGUUGUGAAUGUGGUCAUGACUUUGGUUUCUCUAUCAUUGAUUGAAAGAGCGGGACGUCGACUUUUACACUUAACUGGAUUGGCUGGAAUGUUUGUGUGUGCUGUUGUUCUCACGAUAACUCUCACUCUUCAAGUGGACGCUGAUUGGCUGUCAUGGUUCUCGCUGGUUCCUGUCCUGCUGUUUGUUGCUUCGUUUCAAAUCGGACCUGGUUCUAUUCCUUGGUUCAUCACUGCUGAACUAUUCACUCAAGGACCACGCCCAACGGCCAUUAGCAUCGCUGGCCUGGUGAACUGGUUGGGAAACUUUACCAUUGCUUUGGCAUAUCCGCCACUGAACGAGCUCAUCGGCGGAUUCACCUUUGCAAUAUUUGCCGGCUUGCUGGCACUCUUCUGGAUAUUUACCUAUUUGAGGGUUCCAGAAACAAAAGGUCGUACCAUCAACGAAAUUACGGCUCAGUUCCGUUCCGCCGUAGAUGAAUACGACGACAACAAAAAAUUUUACAAUUCGAGCACCAAAUUAUAAUAGGAUAGAAACAACACUGAUUCGGCCGUGCCUGGAUAUAAACUUGAUACCGGAUCAUGCUCGACUAAGCAGUUAAAUCACUUUAAAGAAGCUCAAAUUUGUUAUCGUAGAAAUCUUUUUUAUUUUGCACCCUUAUUAGUAGUAUAGCAAUGAGUAGUUUAUAUAAUUUUAUCACAACUAUCCAAUUUGAAGUUAUCUUAUAUAAGUAGUAUCAGUUUUUCAUAUCAACCAUAUGUAUGUAUUUGCCUUAUUUCAUACCAAAGUAUAAAAAACGUAAAAACUUAAACAUUAGUCGAAACAUUCUUUGAUGUUCAACAAUAUGCAUGGUGUCCAUGAUGGUAUUUUUAAUAUUCAAAGAUACACUCAUGGACAUUCCGUAUAGCCUAUAAUUGAGUAUUACAUUCUGCAUUGGUCAGGCCUGAUUCGGUAUUGAGUUGUAUUCCGGGUUUUAAUUUAUUCACCAGUAUAUUGCUACAAUUUCGCACGUUUCUAUUCCUAAAUCACUGUUACGAUAAUUUUCACUAUCGAAUCCUAACGCACAUGCAAUAUAGUUUAGGCAGAAAGUGUCUUUUAUUAUUCUCUACCGGAGUACAACGAAAAAUAAAAUGCUCUGAAUUGUUGAA